AAUGCUGUAUCCAUUGUCGUUGUUGGUGUUGGCGGGAAAUCCUCUAUAAAAUUUUAUUUUGAAUUCUUGCUGGUCCGUUCUAUUUAUAAGCAAAGAUAUGAUUUUGAGAAUAUGAUGCAAAAGCGAACAGCUGCCAAAUUUCUUGAUGAUUGCAGACAACCCUUCCAUCACGGGUCAUUCUUCGAUCACGAGGGAUUGCCUUACUGCGAAACACAUUACCAUGCCAAGCGUGGGUCACUGUGUGCUGGAUGUUCCAAGCCUAUUACCGGGCGAUGUAUCACGGCCAUGUUCAAGAAGUUCCAUCCAGAGCACUUUGUGUGCGCAUUCUGCUUAAAACAGUUGGUGAAAGGAACGUUCAAGGAGCAGAAUGACAAGCCAUAUUGCCAUGUUUGCUUUGAUAAACUAUUUGGUUGAAAAGCUUCAAGUUGAAUAUUGAUAUCUUUUACAUAUUCUUUAUCGGUUCUACCAGUUUCUCUCCCAUUGAUCUCUCCAUGAUGGGCGGGGAUGGGACUACUUCAUUUCAAUUAGUUAGAGCAAUGCAUAGCAUGCAAUCAACGUGCUAUGAGCCAAUUCGACUAGUUUUCAAUUAACUAAUCCCAAUAUAAUGCUAAUAAACGCGGUCAUUACACUAGAAUAAUUUCGCUUUUACAAAUAACUGUAACGGCUAAUUUUUCUAAAUUUUGAGUUUGUCGGGAAAUUUCUAAAUUUAAGUGUAAAUGCAAACUAUUGUUUUGUUCAAUUUUCUUGGAAAUUAAAGAUGAAAAAUGUUGGAUACUGAUAUGUGCAUGUAAAAAUAAAUUUUAAUAACAAUCGAGAACUUCCACGGCAUUAAGAUUGAAGGUAGGAGGUCGUCUUAUCUUUAGAAUUUGUUUUUCUGUUCGUAGAAUUUAUAGAGUUGCUCGGAGCGAACAUUCUUCUUCAUUUUAAAUAUUCCACACUGUGCCAAGUUAUAAAGUGAAUAUAUAUUAAUAUUAAGCUUAGUAUGAGAGAUUUAACUGCAUCGAACUUAACUGUUUUUUUUUAUAUAUUUUGAUCUUUAUUUUUUGAAUUUGACUUUAAGAGUAAUUGUUUUUUCAAUCUGUUAUUUUUAUAUAUAAUUUUAUUACGUUCUACAAUAACCGAAGCAAGAAUUUCAAACUGAACGCGUAUCUUCUGUAUAUUCUAUUAUUUUCCAGAUUGUUUAUAGUUGCAUUUCAUAAUCGCGAUUUCAGCUCGGAUCGAAAUUUUAUUGUAACAUGGUCAAUUAAUUUGUAACAAAAUUUAAUGAUAAAAUAAAAAAGGACUCCCA